AUGGCCACCGUACUGGACAACUCCGACACGGAGCCGUUCCCCAUGAGCGAGACAGAAGACUCCCAUACUCCACCCGAAGUCCCUUCCAAAGGUAAAGGACGGAAGAGGCUUCUACGAGGUAUUCAAAGAAUAUCGUCAUCGUCCUCACUCAGUAGCCUGAGACGACCACGUUCUGCUAGCAGUCCGUAUGGGACCCGGAGCACGCUCUCGUGCGUCAGCCUCGCCGCUGCUGGCCCGCCGGCGUCUGCCUUUGUCUCGAGAGUCGGAACACCUCAACCAUCCCCGCUUGCUAUGCCAGGAAAUGUAUCCACAGCGAAUGAAUAUCCAUUCUACGAUAGCAUCGAUGGCCAUUUGCCAGCAAAGAAAACAGCCCAAGCCUCGACACCGACGCCGACGCCGACGACAGCUGCCCUUCCAGGUGCUCUCCAAACUAGAUCAACGGCUGUCUCGAGGCCCAUCCCCAAGAAGCCGUUUCAUUUUUGGGACAAGGUACCCCACGAAAUCCGAGUGGCAAUCUUUUCUUAUUUGCAACCAAAGGAGCUGGUCCGGGUAUCCCGUGUGAGCAGAUCGUUCUACAAAUUCUGCUUUGAUGGGCAGCUUUGGACAUCCCUGGAUGCCUCUGAUUUUUAUCAAAAGAUUCCAGCCGAGUCGCUUGCUAGGAUUAUCGUCGCAGCGGGACCAUUUAUUAAAGAUCUUAACCUGCGCGGCUGUGUGCAGGUGGAACACUACAAACGAACAGAAGUUAUUGUCAAGGCAUGCAAGAACCUGAUCAACGCAACACUUGAAGGGUGUUCCAACUUUCAAAAGGCCACCCUUCACUGUCUGCUUCGAAGCAAUGAAAAGCUUACGCAUCUCAAUCUGACAGGACUCUCGGCUGUGUCUAAUGCGUCCUGCAAAAUCAUUGCCGAAUCUUGCCCGCAACUGCAAAGCUUCAACGUCUCCUGGUGCCAAAAGGUCGACGCUGGCGGCAUUAAAUCUGUUGUCGAAUCUUGCUUAAUGCUUCGUGAGCUGCGUGCUGGCGAAGUGCGAGGCUUUGAUGACCUCAAGACAGCAGAAGUCUUCUUCAAGACGAAUAAUCUAGAGCGUCUUGUCAUGUCUGGUUGUGCUGAGCUCAACGAUGAGGCGUUCAAGACUAUGAUCCACGGAACCGACCCCGAAAUAGACAUUCUCACCGACUUGCCCGUGGUCCCGGCACGCAAACUACGCCACUUGGAUAUUAGUCGAUGCGUACGCCUCAGCAGCGCUGGCGUCAAAGCCCUGGGCCACUUUGCACCCGAUUUAGAGGGUUUGCAGCUCUCAGGUUGCAAAUCUCUUACCGAUGAUGCUCUGGAAGCAAUUCUUGCUACGACACCCCGACUUACCCACCUCGAGCUUGAAGAUUUGACCGAUAUAACCAAUUCUUUACUUUCAGAACAUUUGGCCAAAUCGCCUUGUGCAACUGCCCUUCAGCACUUGUCGCUUAGCUACUGUGAAAAUGUUGGUGAUGUUGGCGUCCUACCACUAAUGCAAAAGUGCACCAAGUUGAAGAGUAUCGACCUUGACAAUACACGUAUCAGCGACUUGGUCUUGGCAGAGGCUGCUUCGAUGGUCGCAAGACGAUCCGUACGAUCGACCGAUUCCACAUCACGCCCAAAGCAAACCUUGGAAAUGGUCGUCUAUGAUUGCCACAACGUAACAUGGACUGGCGUUCGUGAAGUGCUGUUCAGGAACGCACAAAUCCGACCCCAGGGUGGUCAUACUGGUCGUGUGACGUAUCCAAGUGAGGUUAUUGGAUUGAAAUGCUUCUAUGGCUAUCAAAUGACGGUCAAUGAACAUUACAAACGCGUCUUGAAAGGUGAUUUCGAAUCUGCGAAUAGGUUGGAACGCAAGUGGGCAGACUACAUGCAAGCUGCGGAGGAGGCGGAAGCAACAGGUUCCGGAUAUAGAAGACGGCGGCGCCGAGCUCGGGAAGCUCGUGUAAACUUGAACGAUGAAGAUGGUGGUGCUGUGGUAAGGGGUGGCCGUCAGAGGGCUAGAACGACUGGCUCCUGUACAGUCAUGUAG